AUGGGGCCCUUUGACUGCGAGAGUACCAGAAUUUCAAAGGCUUUAGUAGUUCCUUUUGCUGCUGUCAUUGGGACCAUAGGGUAUUUUAUUGAAAAGAAGUUGGUGAAAGCGCAGAAACCAAUUCCGUAUCUUGAGACUUCAAUACAUGAUGACCGGAUGCGGCGUCAGAUGGAUAUAGAACUUGACCCUGAAUAUAAAGUCCAACAUUCUAUAAAGGAAGAAAAGCAAAAGAUAGUUCCAAAAUCAAGGUUUCCUCUUGAUGUUACGGUCGGUUGUUUUAUUAAUGCGCAGAUGAUCGGAAACGUCAGAAUUCUUUCAAAAGGAGGACGUUUUGCUGUGCGAAGUAGUAAUUAUUCGUCGUAUGAACCAAGAGAACCUGAUUAUUAUGAGGUGUUAGGCGUGCCAAAAACAGCAACUUCCGGGGAAAUUAAAAGUGCUUUUUUGCGCAAGUGUCAAGAAUUACAUCCCGAUGGAAAGAAAUUCUUAGGCCUAAAACAAAACAAGAUGAUUACGGAAGAUUUCAUGAAACUGAAAGAAGCGUACGAUGUUUUGAGAAAGCCUGUAGAAAGACGUGUCUAUGAUAAACAGCUAGAACGCGGAAAACCUCAUUAUACUUACCAGGACGUUCCGAAUGAGACAGCAGAAACUCUGAAGCACUUUAUUAAACCUUCUAUUAAUACAUCGGACAAGUUUUCUGGAACAGACCCGUAUGGUCCUCAUUUCAAAGAUUUUAGUGCAGACUUAAAAGCGUCAGAGAGAUUAAAAAGAAUUCUUUUUUUGCUCGUUGGUCUUGCUGUGAUUUUUGUCGUCUUUGACGUGACGCUCGUAAAGAGAAAACGAGCCAAUCUAGUGCGAGACCGUAGCACAAAUAGUCCCGUCGUUUCAUAUGACAACAGAGAUAAUGGAACUUAA